AUGCGUACUAUAGUCAUCUCAGCAAUUUUACAUAUACUUUUAAAUAUAAGUGCCUCAAUCUAUAUUUUAGCUGAUAAUAAUUAUUCUCAAGGAAAUAUAUUCCGAUUUAUAAAUGAUAAAUAUUUUCAAUUAAAUUAUAAUAAUUUGUAUACCAUACUAUUUAUUAAUUUAUUAAUAAAAAUUUUAGAAAUAAUUGGAGUAUUUUUUCACUUAAUAUUAUUUACUUGGUUAUUUUAUACGUUUAAAACAAAACAGAAAAUUAAAAUUUUAAAUAUACCGCAUAAAAGUAAAUGUUCUUCAAUGAAACCACUGAACUAUUUAAAGUCAACAUUCACUAAUAAGUUAAAAAAUGAAAAUAAUCAUUCAUAUGUAGUAAAGUAUCAUCAAAGUAUUCAUCACAGAGAUGAAAAUAAAGAAGAAGAGAAUGGUAAUGUGAACAAUGAUAAUAAUAAUAAUAAUAAUAAUAAUGGUGGACAGGAAAGUUCGAAUCUCAAUGCGAUUCCUAAAAUUGGUAAUGAUGAAUUCAUUGACGAUGUGUUGAAUGGACAAGAAGAGAUUUCUGAAAUAGGUGAUAAUAUAUCAGAGAGAACACUUUCAGAUCUUAUUCAUUCAUAUACACUAUCUGAUUUAUCAAUGUAUAUUAAUGAAAUAGACGAGUGUAUUUCAGGUUUAUCACAAGAACAAAGUCAUUUGGAUUCAUUAAUGAAUAUUAUAAGUGAAAUUGAGAAAACAGUCGAUUUUUCAGAUAUCGAUACGGACUACAAUGAUAGUAAGACAACAAUACCAAUUACUAUGAAACAACAAUUAUUUGGUGAUUUCAAAUUAAUAUCGAAUACAAAUAUUCAAAUUGUCUACACAAUUGAAAGUAUUCAAAAGUCAAUGGUUUAUAAUUACUCAUUUACUUUAUUUAUAAUUUACAAUUGUUAUUUAUUAGUAAUAUUAACACCUUAUAUUCUAAAUAGUUUAAAUAUCAAUUAUUUACAAAGUUACCUACCUAUUUAUAUGAUUCAUUUAAAUCUUUUAAGUAUCAACGUUACGCGGGAUAAUGAUAAUAGUAAUGAAUUGAAUCAUUUGGAAGUUAGUUAUCACUAUGACAACCAUAAUAAUCAAUCAUCAAUAUGGGAACCCUUAGAACAAUUUCUUACAUGUAAAAUAAGUGUUGAAAAGACAGAAUGUUUUAAAAAUAAGUCAUCUUUAUUGAAUUUAAUGAAUACUUCAGAUUUCACUGAGCUUAUAUCUAAUUGUGAGAAUGAAUUAACACAGGAAUUGUUCAAUUUUCAACAGUUCAACAAUGCAACAUAUUGUUUUGCAUUACUUCAUCAUUGGUUGAAAAAUAAACAAUUUGAUCAAAUUACACGGAUCAUAUUAACAUUAAUUAUUCAUGUAUUAUGUUCUGGAUUAAUUAUUAAGAAAUUUUUACUGAUAACUGUAUCAGAUGGAACACAAACACCUUUGGAUAUAGCAUAUUUCAAGUCGAUUUGUACACAGUGUAAUUUAGAUAGGAUAGAAAUGGAAUAG